AUGGGAACGCACGCGCCGAAAUUACCGAACCACCCUCCCCGGAGAUCCACCGGCGACACCUCCUCCCACCACCGGACGACCCUUUCCGGCGAAGGGCACCUGAACCCCGAGGACUUCGCCGACGUCUUCGGCGGGCCCCCGCGCACGGUUCUCUCCCGCCGGUUCGGCGGCGGCAUCCCGAGAUCAGCGUCGCCGUCGUCCUCCUCCGCGGAUUUCUCCUUCGAGGAUGCUUUCCGGCGGACGGAGGCGGUCAGUAGUGGCCGGAAAUUUUCUCAAUUUAAGAUCCCCUUUGGAAAGCAGAGGAGCUUUUACGGCGAUAUUUUUGGCUGGGAAAAUAGUAAUAAUAACAGUAAUAAUAAAGUUGAUGAUGAGAGUGUUGUGAGAUCGAGAUCAAGAUCGAAGGCGAGCUCGUCAUCGGCGUUGAGCUCGGAGGAUCUCAGCCCUCUCCGGCCGGCGAUCUCCGACGGCGGAUACGACGACGUCUACUUGUUCGGGUCGAAGCUCAGGCCAAUAAACGUCCCAUCCAGAUGGAACUCCGGCAAGCCGGGUCGCGAAAAAUGCCGAUCGAGGCCUUUCCGAGAGGCCAACUAUAACAACCGUAACAUUUCGGAAAUUGAUUUCUUCGAGUACAUGAAAAACCGGCCUCUCGAACCAAGCCGGAAAAAAAAUGCAUCUCCCGAGCCCACGAACACUGAGCCUAUACUGUCGAGUGAUAGUUUCGAAAAAUCGGACGACGAACGGAAAUUCAAUUCGCCGGUUUCAUCUUCGUCUACUUGUCGGUCGGAAACUGGUCAGACGAAAACCCGGGACUAUGAAAUAAAUGAUGAUAAUGAUGAUGAAAGCAUGAGCUCAUUGAUCGAGUUCGAUUUAGGCAAAGGCGAAUGGACAUUCGAGGAAACCAACGGCGUGGAUGAAGCCAUCGCGUGGGUCAAAGAGAAGUCUCAUAAAGAGAAGUCUACAAAAGAAAUUGCAACUGAGCUUCAGCUUUCAGAUGGGCAAACAGAGACUUUUCAGUCACUGAUAAUAAUCGAUGAAAAGAUAAAGCUGUGGUCUACCGGUAAAGAAGCCGACAUUCGGAUGCUGUUAUCAUCUAUGCAUCACGUACGUGAUAACAAUUAA